AUGACCGACCUCCACCCUGACGAACAUUAUCUGGAGGGAGCUGCAGUCUGGACCUCUUGUCACACUAUCGUCGGCGAGGAUAUUGAUGUUCAUGAUGACGAUAAUGCGAGCUUUUUGCACCCUCGCUCGUCGUCGUCGUCGUCUCCUGUCCCAGUCAAUACCACGAUUGGUGGUCGGUAUGGAGCCCCGAAUACAAUCUGUGACAGCCCCCUGGGUCUGGUCGAUGCCACCUUUGACUGGAUUGACAAGAACGUUGUGGACUCGGUUGACUUUGUUGUCUGGACUGGAGACAACGCCAGGCACGACUCUGACAACACCCACCCGCGCACCCAGGAUGAAAUCAACGCCCUCAACAAAAUCAUAGCCAACAAGGUCCUUAAGACCUUCCCUCCCGGUCCAGACGGUCGACCCAUCCCCAUCAUCCCCUCCAUCGGCAACAACGAUGUCUACCCCCACAACAUCCUCCAUCAGGGUCCCAACCCCAUCCUCCAGUACUUUGCUACUAUCUGGACAGAGUUCAUUCCCGAGUCCAUGGCCAAGACUUUUGCUCGUGGUGGAUAUUACUCUGUCGAGGCCGUUGCUGAUAAGAUCACCGUCGUCAGUCUCAACACUCUCUAUUUCUACAUCCACAAUGCCGCUGUCGAUGGGUGCAAGGAGGAGGAGGAACCGGGCACGGAACAGAUGGAUUGGUUGGAGACUGAGUUGGACAAGCUUCGGACACGCAAGAUGGUCGCAUACCUGACAGGACAUGUCCCACCAGAGAAGAAGUCGUAUUCGCCCACUUGCUACUCACGGUACACCAAGAUCGCGCUCGCCUAUCAGGAUGUCAUUGUUGGUCAUCUCUUUGGCCAUGCCAACAUCGACCACUUCUUCUUGCUCUCGAAUGGUGGCAACAAGGGAGGUGAGGAGGGGUCUCCUCCAGAACGUGGUCUUGUGGGGGGAGCACAGGUCGAUAAGAAUGUCACGUUUCACGCGCAGGGUCUUAGCACGUACCUGGAGUAUCUCUGGAUGCAGUACGAUACUGUCCCCGAACGUGCUCAACUCAAGGAUUAUGCGAUCGUCUUGGUGUCGCCCUCUGUCGUUCCAACCUAUAACCCCACUUUACGUGUUUUCUCCUACCAGCUCGACAACGCCGACGGUGAUACUCAAGAUAACGAAGACGAUGAUGCCGAGGAACAGUACCACCACCAUCGACGCCCCAGCCCAGCCCCUUCCACCACAUUCGGCUUCCCUCAGGAAUUCACCCAGUACUGGUGUAACCUCACACACGCCAACAAACACCCUAAUACGCCUCCCACAUACGAGAUCGAGUACCGGACCCGUGAAGAUUAUGGGCUCAAGAACUUGGGUGUCUCGGAGUGGCUGGGCUUGGCGCGUCGGAUUGUGAGGGAAGAGGAUCUGAAGACGGUGUACCUUGAUCGGAUGGUAGUUCAGAGUGGGGCUAAUACCACCAUUGCAUAG